GAACUACAGAGUAAGCGAACGAUGGCAUAAUUAGCCAGCCGAAUUUGCAAUUCAACUAGUUUGGUUCCUUCCACCGUCCGGUCAGUUGCAAAUUCUUUUCUAAACAAGUGAAAUUUCUAUGUGCUUCGUGGCGGAAAAAUAUGGCUCAACAGUUACAAAUAUUCCAAGUAGAGCUUCAUUUGCAAUGUAUUGUAGAAUGUGAUUCUAUUUAUGAUUUUUGUUUAUUCAGAAGAUGUUGAAAAACUGUAUUGCAAAUCAAGACCUGUUUUCGUUCCAAUGGAUUCUUAAUACGCUAAAAAAUGAUCCACAAUUACAAACCAUCUUGGCGACAGUCGUACAAUCUGUGUUUGAGGCUGUUUUAACCCAGCCAAACAGUGAAAACUUCAUCAAAGAGUGUCUAGAUAAUGGUGCUCUCGCUCAUAAGAAAUCUGGCCGAGGAGAGUACCCGAUACAUUUAGCAGCAAAAUCACGCGACAUCAACAAUUUGAAGCUACUGUUAUUACGGCACGAAGUCAACGUUAAUCAACUGUCCGAUGAUGGCUAUAGCGCAAUUGAUUUUAUAUGUCCAUCACACGCUGAUGAACACUCCGCCGAUACCUUCGCCAAAAUAUUGAAUGUAUAAAGCUGUUACACAAACACGGGGCCACUAUAACCACCUCUAACCUAGAGAAACGUUUAGCAAAGUUGAAGCAGGAAACCGAGAUCAUGGCUGAAUUUUUGCAAGGAAUUGAACCCUUCGUACCGGUGGCUGCAAGCGGCGUACCUGAGACUGAGACUGAGACUGAGAUUGUGGAUAACCACAUGUUAUUGGAGAAUGCCAUCACCUGUGGGAACUUGGAGAGGGCUAAACAAAUCAUUGAAUCGCACGCAAGCCCACAAACCUCACCAUACAUAUCCAAGAAAAUACUCUCCAUUUGUUUUGAACGCGGAUGCUUUGAAAUGUUGGAAUAUAUAUUCCAAAUACUCCCAGCGGCUGGAUUAGAGUCCCGGAUAACCAUGAAAACAUGGCUGUCGUUUUUGGUACAGCGUGUAACUGGAUCGAAUCCCGAGUGUCGGUUUUUCAAAUGCUUAAAGCUAUGCCUGACCUAUCCUCAAUUCGACAUCGACGGAAGAAAUGGUUGGGAUUAUACUGCUUUACACUAUGCGGCCACCUUGAAACUGAAGCACGUGCAGGAGCUGCUUCUUCAGAAAGGUGCGUACAUAGGUGGAAGGGACAUAUUUGGCGUUUACACGAUUAGCCAAAUUGACCCACUAGUACUAAAGCGACACUUUGAUUCCUGUGUGUACACUAGUCCCCGGAUAGCGGAUGAGCAUGGUGCAAACUCCCCUAUUGUUUACGUCAUGUUGAGCAACUUUGUUCCCCCCAAUCACGAGGAAAACAGUGCGCAAAGCAAAUCAAAUGUACAUGUAUCCUAUAAAACCAUGCGACCUGCAUUGAUGGAGUUAACCAAUGUGUCCAAUAUUUCACAUUCCGAGGAAAAAAUACGCCAGCAGCUCAUUGAACAUCCAGUGAUAUCUACCUUACUUUACAUUCGGGACCCACCAGUAACGCCAUUCGUGUGUUUUUUUAAAUGUAUAAGACUAGUUCCGUUUAUGUUAAUGUUCGUUUUGAACAAUUCUAGCUGGUUUAUCUUGUGUGAAGUUAUAUUGCUGUUUGGUCUCUUUAUAUUCGAAUUCGUUCUGAACUUCGGUUACUUCAAGUACUUUUGCGAUACACGUCGCAAGCAUCUUUUCCGAUCGAUGCCGAAAAAGUCAAUCACAAUGUUGAUAGAAAUAGUGAUGAUACUACAUUUUAUGUAUUUUACAUUUAUUGCAUACAGUCAAUUGAACCAGCUGAUCUGUUGCAUUCUUCUUGCGGGAAUCAACGCAAAACGAUUCUUUGCCAGCUGGAAGUGGUCGGCCAAGAACAUUUAUGCGCUAGAAAUUGUUAUGGGGAAAAUUAUACUCUACAUUUUGAAUCACGCAUACAUAUUUAUAGUAUUUGCGUACGUAUUUUACGUUCAAGCUGUAUUUUUAAACGUUGAAAUAGAGUCUUUGGCGUCUAAUAAUACUGGAAGCAUGACAAAUACGACAUUAGCGUCAAUAUCUAUUGUCGACAAACUGCUUGACCAAUUGGCGAUGUUUAUUGGAGAACUAAACAUAGCAGACAAGAGACUUGACAGCUGGUUUUAUAAACUGAUCGUUGGAAGUUUUCUUAUCAUAGUGCCAAUUUCCUUGGCUAACCUAAUAUCUGCUUCUGCAAUUGUAGACGUUAUGAAAAUCUACGACGAAUCUAGGCGCAUAGACAUUGCUCUUAGGUUUGGCUACGCUUGCAAUUUAGAACAUCCAGUUUUUAAGUUUAUUCAAUAUAUUAUAAAUUGGAAAUGGUGGUUGAUGCUCCGGGAUGAUGUGAAAUAUAUUGCAAUGGACACUGGAAAAAACUUUGAAAUCACGCUUCACGUAAAUAACAGGAAUAAGCAGGAAAUUUUGUGGCAAACAGACCGCCAAUUUGCCAAAAGAUUAGUUAAUGCUGCAUUUGCUAACAAAGUGCAGAAGACCCCUCAAUCUGAGUCGAGAGUGUUGCGCAAAUCUUCUCGAUUUAAAGAGGAGAGGUUUGCGACAAGCUCACUUUGAAGAUGGUAGGCCACCCUAAUGCUCUUGCUCCCAAAAUAGUGUCACAUGCGUUGCGUUCAAAAUUGUUACAUUGGUUGGAUAAACGGCAUAUUUCCUUAAUUAAUAAUUAAUAUCAUGCUUUGUUAAUUAUGACGAUGUUUUUUCAUUAUGCUGACUGUUUAUUUUAUGUUUUAAAAUGGUAAUAACAAUUAUUUUAAAAAAUAUAUAUAUGAUAUAAA